UAAUUUUUAAAAUAAUGAAUUUAGUAAAAUUACUUUGCCAUUGAUUUAUUAAUUAAUCGGGAUUUUUUGGAGCCUGUAAUUGAGAAAUUAACCAUCUGAUGGAAACCCUUUAGACUCAUGCGGCUUACUAGAAAUAACAGUAAAAUCUCACUUAAAUCAUACCUUCUUAAUUUGGCUGGUUAUUUAAAAAAAAGUGGACAUCAAAUAAUUUUAUCAAACAAAAAACUCUCUCAUUGAAAGACGGGAUGGCCAUAGCUGGAAGAUAUUUGAUCAAGGCCUACAUGUGGAUAAAAAACUUCUACUACCACUACUAGCAGUUUUAAGAGUUUGUCUUCACCCCCUAAUGCUGUGCAUAGCUUUAUGAAUAUUAAUCAAAAACACAUCUUCUGUGUAAUAUUUCAAAGAAUCUUCUGACAUCUCAAUGUAAAACAAAUCAGUGAAGAGGCAGUCACCAGGAAAUUUGUUCAUGAAGAAAGCAGCAGUAUUACCUCGUUAUGCGGAGCAGUUGAGGCGUGUCUGUUACAUGGUCUAAAGAAACGGUCCCUCGGACUUUUCAAGCAUGGAACCACUACAGCACUUCUUCAGAAACUAUCCAAACAUUACGAACCCGCUUGGCAGGUUCUUAAGAUCGUUCAGGAGAUCGAAGCCAACAAUGAUCCGACAAGUUUUUCGAAAGCAUUUGCCCAGUGGAGCACCAAAACAUGGCCGGCACAGAACUCCUCCGUUCCUCCGUCGCAUUCCAAAAUCUAAAAUCUCUGGAUAGUGGGAAAACCCAACCAAAGAAAAGCCUUCCUUCCUACAAUCCCAAGUAUUUAUGGCUUAGGAUUUCUAUAUUUGAAAAACAUUUAGCCAAAAUACUUGAUUUUCUUGUGCAAAACAGCAGUAAAUAUUAUGAACCGGAUUCUCUCAUCGCUGAUCCUGUGGAUGGACCUAUUCUAGCUUCACUUCUUGUGGGGCCUUGUGCCUUGGAUUACACCAAGAUGAAAACAACUGACCAUUAUUGGACUGACCCUCCCGCUGAUGAACUUGUUCAGAGACACCGCAUCCACAGUGGAGCUACUCACCACCUUGCUGGGCCUGGAUCUCCCAAAAGACCAGGAUUACAACAAGUCCGUCGACACACAAGUUCCAGUAGUGAGGAAAGCAUGAAAGGCCUCCACGUGUCAGCCAAGGAGUAUGUGGAAUCGUUGCACCAGAACUCCAAAAAUACUCUCCUCUAUGGGAAGAACAAUGUCCUCGUCCAACCUAAAGAGGACAUCGAAGCCCUCCCUGGCUAUCUGUCCCUGCACCAAUCUGCUGAAGGGCUCACAAUCAAAUGGACCCCUAAUCAACUGAUGAAUGGUUGUUACGAAGACAAAGAAGAUGAUUUCGACAGAAGGUGCUACCUGUGUGCGUUCCUGCGUGAAUCCAGGGAUGGCUACCGACGCUUCUACCAAUCGCUGGAAGAGAGGCAGAAAAAAAUUUUAUAUUGGGAUUAUGCUUUGACUAUAUACGUCGAUGAAAUUGUUUACAUCCACUGUCACCAGCAACCCGAUUAUGGUGGAACAAUCGUGCUUGUCGGCCAAGAUGGAGUCCAGCGGCCUCCUAUCCACUUCCCCAAAGGCGGUCACCUGUUAGCCUUCUUGUCCUGUCUGGAAAACGGACUCCUACCCCACGGACAACUCGACCCCCCUCUCUGGUCACAGCGAGGGAAAGGGAAAGUAUUUCCAAAGCUCCGUCGUAAAUGCAACAAAAUGUCCAGCAAGGAAGGGAGUACCAGCAGCUCCAGUACAGACGAGGAAGAAGCGACCGACUACGUGUUCCGAAUCGUGGCCACUUUUAAACCUGAGAACAUUCCCCCCGAAAUGUUGGACCCAAAGCUGAAUGUGAAGAUGGACAACUUCCCCUGGCCAUUCCAAACGGUUGACCCAGUACCACCGACACAGUCAACUAUGCAGUCGUAUGCCCGGUCCCAGGAGGAACAGAACAACACCUGUCUUUCACGAGUUGCAUCUAAUCACAGCAGAGCCACAAUCAAACAACUGUGUGACACAAUGAAGAAACAGAUCAUCUCCAGAGCUUUUUAUGGAUGGCUCGCUCAUUGCCGCCACUUGAAGACUGUACGCACCCAUCUGUCCGGUUUAGUCCAUCACAAUAUCAUCUCACCUGUACAACCAAACAAUGCCACCUUGGGGCUCACACCUGAGAAAUGGGCCAGUAUUUGUAUUGAUGGAAAGAUACCAAAUCCUGAUGAAAUGUAUCGCUUGGUUUACUAUGGUGGAGUCUCUCAUGACAUCAGAAAACAGGUUUGGCCAUACUUACUUGGCCAUUAUGGUUUCGACAGUACGGAAAAGGAAAGGGAAGCUGCUGACAUCGUCGUCCACACCGCAUACGAACAGACGAUGUCCGAGUGGCUGGCUGUUGAGGCGAUCGUCAGGCAGAGAGACAAAGAGAUUAUGGCUGCUAACUUAGCUAAGUUAUCAUCGGAGAGUAACGGACACAUACCGUUGGUACGUAAGGAUUCAAAUCUCAGCAAUGACGUCUUCAUAUCCACGAGCUUUGACUCAGAAGACUCGUCCCAUCCGGAAACGCUUCCUGAAGAAAGUUCCACCGCCGGAACGACUCCCACUGCUGAGCCGAAGUGGAGCAGCAACAACAGUCGGGAGAUCUACAAUUAUUCCGCUGCGGCCCCGAAAUCCGAUCAAGACACCCAGACGGAUGUCCAUAGUGUUGGAGGCCGUCCCGCGAGCCAGAGCAGCAUUGUUCCGGACAGCAGCCCAGACGACGGCCUCGGGGACUCCAUCGCACGGCCCGGCUCCCUGGCCGACCGCUCCAAGCUGGAUUCUGCCGGAGAUUCGGAAGGCACCGAUAUUUCGAAGCUAACUCAUGAAGGAAGUAUAGAGCGAGGCAUCAUUGUUACGAAAUCAUCCCUGGACAGCGCCGGUGUCGACGACGAUUUUAGCGGGGGAGAACUGAGCGAGCCCUCUCGAGGGAACCAGCCUCAAGACUUGAUUGAUGUCCAAGAGGAUGAUGAACAAGCAGAGAAAAAAGGGGACAGUUUCGUGAAUCCCUCGGGAUCUGAAACAGCUCAACGUUUGUCAGCAUCAAAAGAAAGUCUGAUCUCCCCGGCAUCACCUGCCUCCAACGGUGGUAUCUAUUCUGGUGUCAAGCACAUGACGCUGAGAAUGAAACCUGAACUCCUCGAUAAUGUUGCUCUUAACCUUCACCGCAUCGAUAAGGACGUGCAGAGGUGUGACCGAAAUUACUGGUAUUUCACCCCCGCAAACCUCGACAAGUUAAGGAACAUUAUGUGCACGUAUGUUUGGGAGCAUCUUGAAAUCGGUUAUGUUCAAGGGAUGUGUGAUCUUGUGGCACCGUUGUUGGUUAUAUUUGAUGAUGAGGCAUUAACCUACAGCUGUUUUUGCGAAUUAAUGAAGAGAAUGGCCUGUAAUUUCCCACAUGGUGGCGCUAUGGACAAUCAUUUUGCUAAUAUGCGUUCCCUCAUUCAGAUCUUGGAUUGCGAGCUGUUUGAACACAUGCAUCAGAACGGUGACUACACCCACUUCUAUUUCUGCUACAGAUGGUUCCUGCUGGACUUUAAACGAGAGUUGGUCUAUGAAGAUGUGUUCUCCGUGUGGGAAACAAUUUGGGCAGCUAAGCACAUCAGUUCAGCUCAUUUUGUCCUGUUCAUUGCUUUGGCCUUGGUCGAAUACUAUCGAGACAUCAUUCUCGACAACAACAUGGACUUUACAGAUAUUAUCAAAUUCUUCAAUGAAAUGGCUGAACGCCACAACGCUCGACAGGUUCUCAAAAUUGCCAGAGAACUCGUCCUACGGAUACAAACCUUGAUUGAGAACAAAUAGCAGUAACCCACCAAUCCUGUUGUGAUCCCACCCCCCACCUGUUUCCCAACAGACACCCCCUUCUCCUCCUCCUCCUCUUCCUCCCCCUCUGGCCUCCUCCUCCUCCUCUCCUCAAUGUUAUAUUGGAUACUCAUAUUUCAUUCUUGACCCCUUUUUUUUCCCCUCCUUGUAACCCAUUUUUUUCCUUUUCUUUUCUACUGACCCCUGCCUCUUAAUCCACCUUUCUUGCUGUGAUGUCAAACUUGUCCCCUAAAUUCUAUUUCGUUUUUCCCUUCCCUCAUAUCUAUAUACACACUCAUACACAUGCAUAUAUAAAUAUGUGUGUGUGUGUGUGUAUGUAUAUAUAUAUAUAUAUAUAUAUAUAUGUAUGUAUGUAUAUUCUAAUUCCAGU